AUGGAAGCACAAGUCAUUGAAAUCAGUGGAGAUCUUCCUGACUUAGGAAGGAGGAAGGGAGGAGUAAGUAGAAAAAUUUGUGGGGAAGCAGCAUGUGGGUUCUCUAAGGAUUCGGAAGAGAGAUCAGCUUCCAUGCGAAAGCUUUUAAUAGCAGUGGUGCUUUGUGUUAUUUUCAUGAGCGUUGAAGUAGUUGGAGGGAUCAAAGCAAAUAGUCUGGCAAUAUUAACUGAUGCAGCACAUUUGCUUUCAGAUGUUGCAGCAUUCGCAAUCUCUUUGUUUUCUUUAUGGGCUGCUGGAUGGGAAUCCAAUCCUCGCCAAUCAUACGGGUUUUUCAGGAUAGAGAUUCUCGGUGCUCUGCUUUCUAUCCAGUUGAUAUGGUUGCUUGCUGGGAUUCUAGUGUAUGAAGCCAUUCAGAGAAUUAUUUCAGGGACUCGUGAGGUCAAUGGCUUCUUAAUGUUCCUCGUUGCUGCAUUUGGUUUAGUUGUUAACAUCAUUAUGGCUUUCUUAUUGGGUCAUGAUCAUAAUCAUCAUCACACAAAACAUACAAAAGAGGAUUCUACACAGCUUCUUGGGGAAUCAAAAAAUGUGAAUGUGCAAGGGGCUUAUCUGCAUGUACUUGGAGAUUCUAUCCAGAGUGUGGGGGUAAUGAUUGGUGGAGGAAUCAUAUGGUGGAAGCCGGAGUGGCAAAUAGUUGACUUAAUUUGCACUCUAGUAUUUUCGGUAAUAGUUUUGGGGACAACUAUAAAGAUGCUAAGGAAGAUUCUGGAAGUUCUGAUGGAGAGCACGCCGCGUGAAAUAGAUGCGGCGGAGGUCCAAAGGGGACUGCUGGAGAUGGAAGAAGUGUUGGCUGUUCAUGAGUUGCAUAUUUGGGCCAUCACUGUUGGGAAGGUUUUGCUGGCUUGCCAUGUUAUAGUUAGGCCAGAAGUGAAUGCAGACAUGGUGCUGGACAAGGUUAUUGACUAUAUCACAAGAGUUUAUAAUAUUAGUCAUGUUACUAUACAGAUAGAGCGCUAG